AUUUAGAACUUGCAACUGGUGAAGCGCUAGCAAUGUCGACUUAUCACAUAGCUAUGUAUCCAUGGUUCGCCAUGGGUCAUCUUACCGCAUUUUUUCAUAUGGCCAACAAACUUGCUGAGAGAGGCCAUAAAAUCUCCUUCCUAUUACCAGCAAAAACACUUCUUAAGCUUCAACCUUUCAAUCAUCACAAACUCCUUAUUCACUGCAUUCCAAUCACUGUUCCUUCCGUCAAUGGCCUUCCUCCUGGAGCUGAAACAACCAAUGAUAUUCCUUCUCCAUUGCAACCGCUUCUCAUGUCAGCCAUGGAUCUGACUAGGCCUGCCAUCGAAGCUAUUCUUUCUCACCUUAAACCCCGACUACUGUUCUUCGAUUACGCCCACUGGGUGCCAGAAUUGACGCAAAAGCUAGGCAUCAAAUCCAUAAAUUUUUGCAUUGUUAGUUCUGCCACAAUCAGUUAUCUGUUAAGCCCGGAAAGAAAACUUUGUCAGAAGGUUUUGACAGAAGCUGAUUUAUUGCACCCUCCGCAAGGUUUUCCUCCUUCAAAGAUCAAGUUACAUAUCCAUGAAGCUCAACAACUAGCAGCUAUAACCAUGCAAGACUAUGGUGGCUUAUCAUUCGCAGAACGAAUAUUAACAUCUUUUAAUGAGUGUGAUGCAGUUGGUUUCAAAGCUUGCAGGGAAAUGGAAGGGGCUUAUUGUGAUUAUACUGCAAUCCAGCUUAAAAAGCCAGUUCUUUUGGCAGGGCCUGUAGUGCCAGAACCUCCUACUCUAACUUUGGAAAAACAAUGGGAAACAUUGCUGGCUAGUUUCAAAGCAAAAAGUUUGAUAUUCUGUGCAUUUGGGAGCGAGUGUAUCAUGGAAAAGACCCAGUUUCAAGAAUUGGUCUUAGGUUUUGAGCUCACUGGUUUACCAUUUCUGGCCGCUCUAAAACCACCAAUGGGACACGGUACAAUAGAAUCUGCAUUACCUCAAGGGUUUGAAGAAAGAGUAAAAGGAAGGGGAUAUAUUCAUGGAGGGUGGAUUCAGCAACAACUGAUUUUGAAGCACCGUUCUGUGGGUUGUUUUGUGACCCACUGUGGGUCAGGUUCAUUAACAGAGGGAAUGGUGAGCGACUGCCAAUUAGUCUUGGCUCCAAAUACUGGAGAUCAAUAUAUUAAUGCAAGACUGAUGAGUGGAGAUCUUAAAGUCGGAAUCGAGAUUGAGAAAGGAGAUGAAGAUGGGUUGUUUACAAGGGAUGAUGUAUGCAAGGCUGUGAAAGCUGCAAUGGAUGAUGACAGUGAAGUAGGCAAAGAGAUCAGGGAAAAUCAUGCUAAAUGGAGGGAGUUUUUAUCAAGGGAAGAACUUGAGAAAUCUUACAUUGAUUUCUUUGUUCAGGAGCUGCAUGGCCUGUGCAAUGAAGGCUCCAAAGAGUCCAAGUGCUGGAAUUUAGGUGGUUCUUUAACUGAUGGAAAAAUAAUUGAUGUUCUUGGAUUGUUGCUUGCAGCUGUCAUUGAACGUAGCCCGAAAAUGAGCCAUACAAAGAAUUUAGAACCUGCAACUGGUGAAGAAAUAGCAAUGUCUACUUAUCACAUAGCUAUGUAUCCAUGGUUCGCCAUGGGUCAUUUUAUCCCAUACUUUGAAAUGGCCAACAAACUUGCAGCGAGAGGCCAUAAAAUCUCAUUGCUUUUACCAGCAAACACACUUCCCAGGCUUCAACCUUUCAAUCAUCACAAACACCUUAUUCACUGCAUUCCAAUCACUGUUCCUUCCGUUGAUGGCCUUCCUCCUGGAGCUGAAACAACCAAUGAUGUUCCUCCUCCGUUGCGGCCCCUCCUCAUGGCAGCCAUGGAUCUGACUCGGCCUGCCAUCGAAGUUAUUCUUUCCGAACUUAAACCCCAACUCGUGUUCUUUGAUUUCGCUUACUGGGUGCCAGUAUUGACACAAAAGCUCGGCAUCAAAUCCCUAAAUUUUUGGAUUGUUAAUCCUGCUUCUGUUAGUCAUCUGUUAUUAAGCUCAAAAAGAAAUCUUUGUCAGAAGAUUCUGACAGAAGCUGAUAGAUUGCACCCUCCGCAAGAUUUUCCACUUUCAAAGAUCAAGUUACAUGCCCAUGAAGCUCGACGACUACUUUCUUUCUAUAUUAAAGACUUUGGUGGCUUGCCAUUUUCAGAACUAGUAUCAGCAUCUUUGAAUGAGUGUGAUGCAAUUGCUUUCACAACAUGCAGGGAAAUUGAAGGGGCUUAUUGUGAUUAUAUUGCAACCCAGUUCAAAAAGCCAGUUCUUUUGGCAGGGCCUGUAGUGCCAGAACCUCCCACUAGAACUCUAGGAAAACAAUGGGAAACAUUGUUGGCUGGUUUCAAAGAAAAAAGUUUGAUAUUCUGUGUAUUUGGGAGCGAGUGUAUCAUGGAAAAAACCCAGUUUCAAGAACUGGUUUUAGGUUUUGAGCUCACUGGUUUACCCUUUCUCGCCGCUCUAAAACCACCACUGGGACACGAUACAAUAGAAUCGGCAUUGCCUCCCGGGUUUGAAGAAAGAGUAAAAGGAAGGGGAUAUAUUCAUGGAGGUUGGAUUCAGCAACAACUGAUUUUGAAGCAUCCUUGUGUGGGUUGUUUUGUGACCCACUGUGGGUCAGGUUCUUUUUCAGAGGGACUGGUGAGCGAGUGCCAAUUAGUUUUGGUUCCAAAUGAAGGAGGUCAGUUUAUGAUUGCAAGGCUGAUGAGUGGAGAUCUUAAAGUUGGAAUCGAGAUAGAGAAAACAGAAGAAGAUGGGUUGUUUACAAGGGAAGAUGUGUGCAAGGCUGUGAAAGCUGCAAUGGAUGAUGACAGCGAAGUAGGGAAAGAGAUUAGGGAAAAUCAUGCUAAAUGGAGGGAGUUUUUAUCAAGUGAAGAACUAGAGAAAUCUUACAUUGAUGUCUUUGUUCAGGAGUUGCAUGCCUUGUACAAUGAAGGCUCUAAAAAGUCCGAGUAAUGCUCUUAAAUUGCACGGCUUGUACUAAAAUUCAUCUUGAUGGUACGUAAUUUGGUGAACUUUGGGCAA